CUUCCGGUAUUUUAUCACGAACGUUCUUCCAUUUUGUUCUUCAAGGGUAUCCACAAAUCUACAGUUGAGCCAACAUGUUUCGGUUUGUUAAAGCAGCUCUGAACGUCUCCGCAGGACAAGGUGCCCGCCAAGUGAGGCUCAGUUCGACGCACGCCCCUGACUUCCAUGCCAAGUAUGGCACUGGCCUGAUGAUCGGAGGAGUCGCGUUCUGUGUGUCUGUCUGGGGAUUUGUACUGACACAAACCGGCAUCACAUGGAAUCUGUCUCCAGUCGGCAAGGUCCAGCCUAAACCAUGGAGGGAGGUAGAAGAAUAAUGGACUGACACUGCUAUCUUUUUUCCAAUGGAGAUAUCUACCACAGCCAACCACAAAACCCUUAACCCAGAUAACCUAUAAACAUUCUGGUUGUACAGAUGGAUACCCAUGUUUUCAGCUUGUUACCGUUCAGGCAUUACCUAUGUAAACAUUAAAUUUAAACUAAACGUUGA